AUAUACGAUGUUUAAUGAGUAUGGAAGGAUAUUAUUAGUUGACGGUAAAGGUAAACCACUCGAAUUAGAGCUUCGUCGAACAAUUUAGGCUUUCCAAUGUUCUUUUCCUCCGUCGGUUCCCUAAAACCUGAAAAUUCCUCUACAAAGCUCUUAAGCCUUUCUUCGUCUGCUAAUUUAUGUCUUAAUUUACUUUGGUUGAAUCGUUUUCGCUUCGGCACUAACAGAACAGGGCUGCUUUCGUUUAUUACUUGUGUGAAGAGGAAAUUGCAGAGAAGCAAUGUCUGCGAAGGAGGAUUACCGUGUGUUUGUUGGGGGUCUUUCGUGGGACACCUCUGAUAGAGAGCUGGAGAGCACUUUCAGCCGCUUUGGCAAAGUUUUGGAAGCCCAGGUGAUGCUAGACAGAGAAACUGGUCGCCCUCGUGGCUUUGGCUUUGUAACUUUUUCUGAUAUGCGUGCCAUGGAAGAUGCCAUUGAUCAGUUACAUGGAAGAGAACUAAAUGGGAGGAACAUUUCUGUUAACAAAGCUCAACCUAAGGCAGGGCCAGAUUCUGAUUAUGGUUUUGGUGCCGGUUACAAUUCUGGAAGAGGGGACUAUGGUGACAAAGCACCAGGACGAUCUGAUUGCUUCAAGUGUGGUCGUCCUGGGCAUUGGGCAAGAGAAUGUACUGUUGGUGGUGGUGGUCGGUUUUCAUCACGCUCCAGAUAUGCUGGUGCAGGUCGUGGAGAUCGUUUUGGAGGGGAUCGUUAUGGUGACCGCUAUGAUGACCGCUAUAGUGGUGGUCGAUAUGGUGAAAGAGACCGUGGUGCUGAUAGUAGGGAUAGAUAUGGCAGUCGUGAUCGAUAUGGCAGUGAUCGCUAUGCAUCUGAUCGUUAUGCGCAGAAUGGAUAUGGAAAGGAACGGGGAUAUGAUCGUGAUGCUGCUCCUGGUAGGGGAACUGACCGUUAUGUUAGUGGUGGCCCUGCACGCUAUGAAGGAAGCUACAGAGAAAGACCAGCACCCUAUGACCGCCCAAGUCGUGGGCGUCCAGCUUAUGAUGAUCGCUAUUAAUGACUGAAUAGUUUUUGUGUUUUUUAGUGGAUCUCACUGAUGAAUGUUACUUUCAGGCCAUCUAGUUAUAGCAAUGAAAAAUCUGUGAUUGAUUGUGGCCAUGCUAGAUAUUGCAGUUGUACUACAUGAUCAUGAUUCAUGACCAGUUGUUUUCAUGUUGAUAGGAUUUUAUUUCAGCAGAAGUUGGUACACACAACCCACAUGAGUGUGGUUUUCGACUUGUUUUAAAGUGCAUCUCUCUUUAGAAGAGAUUGACAGUGCCUAUGAUAAUCAUCAUAUUUUGCAGUGCUUUUACCGUUUACUGUAAUAUUAGAAAUGGCAGAAAUCAGCAACAUGUUAGUGGUUUAUUGAA